AUGGCAGAGGGCACGCGCGAUGUCGCAAACCACCUCCUCUUUGAGGUAGCUACCGAGGUCGCCAAUCGAGUGGGUGGUAUUUACUCGGUCCUCAAGUCCAAAGCUCAAGUUACAACCGCCGAAUAUGGCUCUGCUUACACGUUGUUGGGGCCACUCAACAGAGCUUCGGCCGCCGUCGAGGUAGAAGAAUUGGAGCCAAAGGACCAGGCCAUGGUUGCCACCAUCAAAUCCAUGAACGACAGAGGCAUCAAGACACUAUACGGUCGGUGGCUGAUAGACGGUGCUCCUCGUGUCCUCCUGUUUGACACUAGUACUGGCUACGGGUGGCUGGAUGAGUGGAAGGGCGAUCUGUGGUCCGUUGCCGGUAUCCCGUCUCCCCCAGGCGAUUCCGAGACAAACGAGGCAAUUGUGUUUGGCUACAUUGUCGCAUGGUUCCUUGGUGAGUAUGUGUACCACGAGAAAAAGCGCGCCGUCAUUGUUCAAUUCCACGAGUGGUUGGCCGGUGUCGCUCUCCCUCUGUGCAAGAAGCGCCGCAUCGAUGUGACCACAAUCUUCACUACCCACGCAACCCUUCUCGGUCGCUACCUGUGCGCCGGAUCGGUCGACUUCUACAACAACCUGCAAUUUUUCGACGUAGACGCCGAGGCUGGAAAGCGCGGCAUCUACCACCGUUAUUGCAUAGAACGAGGUGCGGCACACGCAGCUGAUGUCUUCACCACCGUCUCACAUAUCACCGCCUACGAGAGCGAGCAUUUGCUGAAGCGGAAACCCGACGGUGUCCUGCCCAACGGUUUGAACGUCAAGAAGUUCUCUGCCACCCACGAGUUCCAGAACCUGCACCAGGUUUCCAAGACAAAAAUCAACGACUUCGUCCGGGGUCACUUCUACGGCCACAAUGACUUUGACCCCGAGAACACCCUCUAUUUCUUCACUGCGGGACGGUACGAGUAUCGCAACAAGGGUGUGGAUAUGUUCAUCGAAUCGUUGGCUCGGCUCAACCACAAGAUGAAGAGUGCUGGGUCUACGGUGACGGUCGUCGCUUUCAUCAUCUUGCCUGCGCAGACGCAAUCUCUGACAGUCGAGGCGCUCAAGGGACAGGCCGUCAUCAAGUCGCUGCACGAUACAAUCAAGACAAUCGAGGAGAACGUGGGCAAGAAGCUCUUUGAGCGAUCCAUUGCUUGGAACGAUGGUCAAGACAUGCCAGACGAUAAGGACCUGCUGUCUGCAUCUGACAAGAUCAUGCUUCGCCGUCGGCUAUUCGCCAUGAAGAGGAGCAAUUUGCCUCCCAUUGUGACGCACAACAUGGUCAACGACGCCGAAGAUCCCGUCUUGAACCAGAUUCGACGGUGCCAGCUUUUCAACCACUCGUCGGACCGCGUCAAGGUCGUCUUCCACCCCGAGUUUUUGAACUCAGCUAACCCCGUACUUCCUUUGGACUAUGAUGAUUUCGUCCGCGGAACCCACAUGGGUGUAUUCGCCUCGUACUAUGAACCGUGGGGCUACACCCCAGCCGAAUGCACUGUCAUGGGCGUGCCCAGCAUCACCACGAACCUGUCAGGUUUCGGGUGCUACAUGGAGGAGCUGAUUGAGAACGCGGCCGACUACGGAAUCUACAUUGUAGAUCGACGGAUGAAGGGCGUGGAUGAUUCAGUCAACCAGCUGGUUGAUUACAUGUUCGACUUCACCAAGAAGAGCAAACGUCAACGCAUCAACCAGCGCAACCGAACGGAGCGGCUUAGUGACCUGCUGGACUGGAAGCGCAUGGGUAUGGAGUAUGUGAAGGCGCGCCAACUCGCUCUUCGCCGGGCGUAUCCAAACGCGUACGAGGAAGACGAGGAGCCCGAUUUCUUUGGGUCUCACGACGCCAAAAUCUCACGGCCGUUGAGUGAACCGGGUAGCCCGCGCGAUCGAUCGGGACUGAUGACGCCUGGAGACUUUGCCAGUCUGCAAGAAGGAAGGGAGGGCCUCAGCACCGAGGACUACAUAGCGUGGAAGCUCCCUGAGGAAGAGGAUCCUGAUGACUACCCAUUCCCCCUGACGCUCAAGACGAAGAGCAAGACCAACUCUGGAGCGGCAUCGCCUGCGCUCAACGGGGCAAGUUCGUGA